AUGCGCGCGAUCGCCGUCCAAGGCGGCAAAGGCCCCGCCACGGCCAUGCACGUCACCGACAUCCCCAAGCCCGUCCCCGCACCGGGCCAAGCGCUCGUCAAGAUCCGCGCGUUCGGACUGAACCGUAUGGAUCUGCUGCAGCGCGAGGGUCUGUACCCGCUGCCGCCUCAGGCGCCGGUGACGAUGGGUGUGGAGUUUAGCGGUGUCAUUGAGGGAUUCGGUGAUGAGGCUGCUGCUUCCAAGUGUGGGUUUAAGAAUGGGGAUGAGGUGUUUGGAUUGGCGUAUGGCGGUGCUUAUGCCGAGUACAUCAUCGUCGCGACCAAGAUGCUCGUUCACAAGCCGAAGGAGCUUUCUUGGGAGGAAGCUGCCGGUAUUCCGGAGACCUGGAUCACAGCCUCCCAAGCCCUCCUCCUCAUCGGCGAAUUCAAAUCCGGCCAAUCCGUCCUAUGGCACGCCGGCGCCUCCUCAGUCUCCAUCUCCGGCAUCCAACUCGCCAAAGCCGAAGGCGCAUCCGCCAUCUACGCGACAGCAGGCUCCCAAGAGAAAAUCGACUUCCUCGAAAAGGAACUCGGGGUAACAAAAGCCUUCAACUACAAAACGGACGACUGGGCCUCGGAAAUCCAAAAGCUCACCAACGGCGCUGGCGUCAAUCUCACCAUCGACUUUAUCGGCGCCCCCUAUUUCCAGGGUGACUUGGACGUUGCGGCGCGGGAUGGACGCGUUGUGCUGCUGGGUCUGAUGGGGGGUGGUAAGUUGCCGGAUGGAGUGAAUAUUGGGCCGUUGUUGUAUAAGAGGGUGCGGGUUGAGGGGAGUACGUUGCGCAGUCGGGAUGUGGAGUAUCAGGGGAAGUUGAGGGAUACGUUGGUUGAGCAUGCGUUGCCUAAGUUUUGUGAUGGGUCGUUUAAGGUGUUUGUUGAGAAGGUGUUUCCCUUUGAGGAGAUUAUUGCGGCGCAUCAGUUGUUGGAGAGUAAUCAGACCAAGGGGAAGAUUAUUUGUGUUAUGGGUGGUCAGUAG